AUGAGGGUGAGGAGCACUUACCCCAUGAGAAACCUGCGUUUCACAGACGACGACAUACAACAACACGGUCAGCUCCAGUUCAAGGCGGAAACUGCAGCCCACAGCCCUUACGCCAAGUUCGAAGUGGAACCCUCGAGUAGCGUGCGAGGCUUGGUCCAUCUCCGGUCCUGCUACAACAACAAGUACUGGGUGCGAACCUCCCCGACCCAGAUGUGGAUCGCCGCUCAUUCCGACAUUCCGGAGGAGGACCAAUCCAAGUGGUCGUGCACGCUCUUCAGCCCCACCUACCUAUUUGGCCGAGACCACUACUUCCGUUUCCGCCACGUUCAGCUCGACCAGAACGUGUGCAUUUUGCCUGAGGGCCAGUGGCCCUUCACAGACUUCCUUUUCGUCAGAACACAAUCGUCCAACCAGAUGGUGGAGGACAUGUUCGUGGUCACGGAUUGGGAAUCCCUCCUCGUGCUGCCCAGGCACGUGGUGUUCAAGGGCGACAACGGGAGGUUCCUCCGCGCCCGCGUGAUCGAACGCUCCAACUACCUCGAGUUCUCAGGCACGAGCAACACCGAGGCCACCGCGAGGAACGAGGUGUUCGAGAACCCGGACGGGAGCGUCCGCAUCCGGUCGAACCACUACGGCAGGUUCUGGAGGCGCAGCCCCAACUUCUGGAUCUGGGGGGACUCCACCGACACCACCGCCAACAACAUGGACACGGUGUUCUGGCCUGAGAGAGUGGGCCCCAACGUGGUCGCGCUGCGCCUCCCGGGGACCUUGCUGUACUGCAAGCGCCUCACGGACGGAGGCAAGACGAGCUGCCUCAGCGCCGCGGACUACACCAUAACGGUGUUCGGGAGGCUGGAGGUCGGGGAGUGGGUGAGGAAGAGGAGCAUCUCCAACGUCCGGUUCCGCCUCCUGGACGCCCGCAUCUACGGCCAGGUCCCCCGAACCCUGGCCCGAACCACCGUUAGAAACAACACUGCCCAUACCAACACGCCCGUUAUUAGGUUCCGGUACCGGAACACGAUAAGCCGGCACUGGCAGAGCACCGUGUCCUUCAGCUACGGCCUCUCCUCCACGGUGUCAGCCGGCAUCCCGCUGUUCACGGACGCGUCGCUCACGGUUCAGUGGGAGCUCUCGUCGGAAUACACGUGGGGCCAAACCAUCGAGACCUCCGAAGAGCAGGAACAGGAGUACCCUGUCACGGUGGGUCCCUAUUCCAUGGCGACCAUCACUUUUCAGGCGACACAAGGGUUUUGCGACGUCCCUUUCUCCUACACUCAGACGGACGAACUCUUCGAUGGCAGGAUCGUCCCCACCGAGAUGCACGAUGGGCUCUACACCGGCGCUAAUCUCUACGAAUUCCAUUGGGAAAACACCGAGGAGAGUCUACUACCCGCCGACGAGAUCAAGCUCGCCGAGGAAGACGUGGGGGUGGGGAAGAAGAAGGAGGUCGAGCUCAAGGUGGAGCUGGGGGAGGCCGAGAUCGUCGACGGCGACAAAGAAGAAUAA